AUGCCCGAAAAGACGGGAGGCGUCUGUUACAAAGAAGGUGUGGUUUACAAGGAAAACCAUCAAAUGUGCAAUGUGACGAACAGGAAGAUAAUAGACCAGCUCAAGGACCGGGCGCCUCAGAUCACUUUUACCUGCAACGCAGAAGAGGAAACGUGCGACUUUCAGUUCUGGAUCGGACAAGUUGAGUCAUUCUACUGCUCUCUCGAUACUUGCGACUUCAAGUAUCAGACCGAUUACGACAAGAAUACUACGCGGUAUACUUGUGAAAACAUCCGUUGCGCUUGUGUACCUGGCCGGAUGCUCUGUGGGGAGGAGGGGUCGAUCGAUAUUGGAGACUUCUUGGAUCAAGAGAUCAAGGGCCCAGCCUCUCUUACCAGGAUCGAGACCGAGACAAAGGACGGUACGAAGUUCGAAGAGCCAGCAAUGAAUGAUCUCAUCAAGAGCGUAUUCGGAGAUGAAUACAUCACGCUGAAAUGCCACUCUGGAGAAUGCGUCUAUCAAACAGAUGUUCCGGGAUAUACACGACCUGUCAAAGAGAUCAAUACGCCAUUGAUAGCAGGUGUCAUCGCUGGAUGCGCUCUCUUCGUCGUUCUCGUCAUAUUGGGAAUUUGGUUUCUCUCACGAAGAUCCUUUAGAGGCGGACCAAUCCACCUGUCCGACGAUUCUGACGAGGACAUGGCACAGAUGAUGGCUGAACAUAGGCCUGCGUCUUUGCAGUUUGAACAUGUCUCAUAUCAACUCAACGGAAAACAGAUUUUGACAGAUGUGCAGGGUAUUGCUCUACCUGGACAACUCAUGGCCAUCAUGGGCGCAUCGGGCGCUGGCAAAAGCACUUUCCUCGAUAUCCUGGCUCGGAAAAAUAAGCGGGGUAUUGUCGAAGGCAAUUUUUGUGUGAACGGCGAGAGAGUUGGUGAUAGUGAAUAUCGAAGCGUCGUUGGCUUCGUUGAUCAAGAUGACACUCUGCUGCCAACGCUGACUGUGCACGAGACCAUUAUGACGAGCGCCUUGCUCCGAUUGCCACGCCAUAUGAACAUUUCUGUGAAGGAGCAGAAGGUUUACGAAGUCGAAAAACAGCUUGGCAUAUUGCCAAUCAAGGACCAGCUCAUUGGCUCUGAGGAGGGGAAGGGACGUGGUAUUUCUGGUGGAGAGAAGCGUCGCGUCGGAAUUGCAUGCGAACUGGUGACAAGUCCGAGCAUACUCUUCCUCGAUGAACCUACUAGUGGGCUCGACGCCUUCAAUGCAUUCAACGUGGUAGACUGCUUGGUGACCUUAGCCAAGAAUUACAACCGAACGGUCAUCUUUACGAUCCAUCAGCCAAGGUCGAAUAUCGUUGCACUGUUCGACCAUCUAAUAUUGCUCGCCAAAGGUAGGACGGUCUAUUCAGGCCCUUACACGAGCUGUCAAACCUACUUUGACAACAUUGGCUACGCAUGUCCGCCAGGCUUCAACAUUGCCGACUAUCUAGUAGAUCUGACCAUGCAUGCGGACGCUGCUCAGACCCCCACUGAAGAUGGCGGUCCUGCGAGCUUUGACACAGGAAGCGUUGGUAUGAGGACUCAGAAUAGCAGCAUUAGGGCUAUCAAAUCUGUUGCCAGUGCAUCAAAUCUCAGUACCGAUAAUAUGAGCUAUGGGAGUUACAAUGAGUCAAUCCGCAGGCCUCACAACAGAAGGAAACCAUCUCUUAAGCAGAGGCAAGAUCGGCAGCUAUUUACCCGUAAAAAGAGCUCUGUUGGUGGUGAGACACCAUCCACACCGAAGACGGAUGAUGAGGCUUCGGACACCAACAUUACUCGCAGGAACAGUCAAGACCUCAUCAGGAUGUCCAAACAACAGGGCCACGUUCCGCCUCAGAUCCUUGACGAUCCACAUCAAUUGCCUCCUCCAGCCUAUGAGAUUAAUGGGCUGGAUUUCCUAAUUUCAAGCUACUCAUCUUCUGAUGUCGCAAAAACGAUUCGAGAAGACAUACAUUCGGCAAUGAAUGGUUCUUCAAAUGCCAACGGUUCUAUCAAUGGGCAUUUCGACCACCCUGUUGUCUCCGGCUCAAUCAAAGGGUACCGAAGAAUCGGGUACUUCAGACAAUUUCUGAUUUUAUCCCAAAGAACGUGGCGGAACCUCUAUCGAAAUCCCAUGCUCAUGCUCACCCACUACGCCAUCGCCAUUCUUCUCGCCGUUCUUUCGGGUGGUCUUUUCUAUGGCCUGACAGACGACAUUAAAGGCUUCCAGAACCGGCUCGGGCUGUUCUUCUUCGUCUUGGCUCUCUUCGGCUUUAGUACAUUGACCAGCUUGAACGUCUUCUCAAACGAGCGGCUACUCUUCCUCCGAGAGCGUGCCAAUGGCUACUACGCACCUAUCACCUACUUCGCCGCCAAGGUCGCCUUCGACAUUGUCCCGCUUCGUCUCAUCCCUCCCAUCAUCAUGGGUGCCAUAGUCUAUCCCAUGUCUGGUCUGACCCCCGAAUGGCCUGCCUUUUUCAAAUUUGUGCUCAUUCUUGUCCUGUUCAACCUCGCGGCUGCAGCUAUCUGUCUUUUCCUUGGCAUAGUCUUCCAAGACGGUGCAGUUGCCAACCUGAUUGGCAGUCUGGUCAUGCUUUUCAGCUUGCUCUUCGCUGGUCUGCUUCUUAACCACGAUGCCAUUCCAAAAUCGGCAUUAUGGCUGCAGUCGCUCUCCAUCUUCCAUUACGGCUUCGAAGCGCUCAUCGUUAACGAAGUCAAGUACCUCACCCUCGUCGACCACAAAUACGGCCUUGAUAUCGAAGUCCCUGGGGCCUCGAUACUUAGCGCCUUUGGUUUCAACAACAGCGGACUAUGGCCGGACGUGGUGGGACUAGCGAUUUUCUCUGCGGCUUUCAUCGUGAUUGCAUACUUGGCUAUGCACUUGUUGCUGGUCGAGAAGCGGUGA